AUGGAGCGGUUCCUACGCGACUGGAGGCAGGAUGCCCUAAACAAAGCACAGUACGAGUCCGCCAUCUUUGUCGGCGACAAGCUGCUGGCGCUGACAAAUGACGACAAGGACGCCUUCUGGCUCGCCCAGGUCCAUUUUGCUAGCGGCAACUUUACUCGAGCGCAGUCGCUGCUGUCCAAAUCCGACCUCGUGGCGCGCAACCCGUCGUGCCGAUACCUGUCGGCCCACUGCCUGAUCAAACAGUCGCAGUUCGAGGAGGCGCUCGCGGUGCUGGGCGACCGGAACCCCACACACCUCAUCCCGACGGCGUCCAACAAGCGGCGGGCGCGCGAGGUCAGGACCAAGACGAACGGCAGCUCGAGCGGCACCAACGGGGUCGGCGGCAGCAAGGCGCAGACGGUGGCGGAGCGGCAGCAGCAGCUGCGCGACGAGGAGGCGGCGGCGGCGGACGAGGAGGAGGCGCUCGCGCGGCGGUACGAGGCGGGCAUGUGCUACCUGCGGGGUCUCUGCUUCGCCAAGCAGAACGCCUUCGACCGGGCCAAGGAGUGCUACAAGGACGCGGUGCGCAUCGACGUGCAGUGCUUCGAGGCGUUCCAGCAGCUGACCAAGAACCACCUCAUGUCGCCGCGCGAGGAGUGGGAGUUUCUGGACGAGCUCGGGUUCGACGCCAUGCGGGUCGAGGGGCCCGAGGGCGACGUGUCGGACGAGGCGGCCAGCUUCACAAAGAUGCUCUACAGCACGCGGCUGUCAAAGUACCGCAACCAGGCGGCCUUCAAGACGGCGACGGAGGCGCUGUCGAGCCACUACGGCCUCGGCGACAACCCGGACCUGCUGCUGGCGCAGGCGGACCUGCUGUACACGCAGUGCCGCUACAAGGACGCGCUGGCCAUCACGGGCGGGGUGCUCGAGGUGGACAAGUACAACUUUGCCGUGUACCCGCUGCACCUGGCGUGCCUGCACGAGCUGCGCAUGACCAACGUGCUGUUCCUGGUGGCGCACGACCUGGCCGACCACCACCCGGAGGAGCCGUGUACGUGGCUGGCGGUCGGCAUCUACUACUUUUCCAUCGGGCGCGUGGCCGAGGCGCGGCGCUAUUUCAGCAAGGCGAGCAUGAUGGACGCGCACUUUGGGCCAGCCUGGAUCGGGUUCGCGCACACGUUUGCCGCCGAGGGCGAGCACGACCAGGCCAUCUCGGCCUACUCGACGGCGGCGCGGCUCUUUAUGGGCACGCACCUACCGCAGGUUUUCCUGGGGAUGCAGAACCACGCCAUGCACAACAUGACGGUGGCCGAGGAGUUCCUCAAGACGGCCUACGACCUCUGCCGCGACGACCCGCUGCUGCUCAACGAGAUGGGGGUGGUCUUUUACCACCAGGACCGGCUCAAGGAGGCGGCGCAGAUGUUCCGGCGGGCGCUCGACGUGGCGGCCGAGGGCGACGGCGACCCACAGGCGUGGCUGUCGUCGCGCACCAACCUGGCGCACGCGUACCGGCGGCUGCGGCUGCACGGGGACGCGCUCGAGCAGUUCGACGAGGUGCUGCGGCUAGGUGGCAAGGACCCGGCCAUCUUCUGCGCCAAGGGCCUGAUACACUUGGACCAGGGCCGGCCAGAGGAGGCCGUGGUGGUGCUGCACGAGGCCCUAGCCGUCAACCCGCAAGACCCCGUCGCGACGGAGCUGCUGGGCAAGGCGCUCGACGAGACGGCGGGCGCCAGCCUGGGGCCCGACGAUGACCUGGCCGACGUCGAGGCCUUUGAGCAGGACCUGGCCCGCCGCGAGCGCGCCAUGCGGCUGCGGCGGCGCGGUGCGGCCGACCGGGCUGCGGCGGCCGGGGACGGGCCCGUCGUGGGGCUGCGGGCUCGGGACAAGGGUAAGGGCAAGGAGCGGGAGAGGCUGCAGCCGAAGCGGGAGAGCCUGAUGGAUAUGAGCGACAUUGAGUGA